AUGUUUCUCCGCCGCAGAUGGGCUCCUGACCGCGGGGCCCCGGCUGCCGCUCAAACCCUGGAUGGCUUCAUCUUCGUGGUCGCUCCUGACGGGAAAAUUAUGUACAUCUCGGAGACGGCGUCGGUGCAUUUGGGGCUGUCCCAGGUGGAGCUGACGGGGAACAGUAUCUUCGAGUACGUGCACCCGGCCGACCACGACGAGAUGACCGCGGUCCUCACGCCGCAUCAGCCCUACCACACACACUUCCUCCAGGAAUACGAGAUGGAGCGCUCCUUUUUCCUGAGGAUGAAAUGUGUUUUGGCCAAAAGGAACGCGGGCCUCACCAGCGGCGGCUACAAGGUGAUCCACUGCAGUGGGUACCUGAAGAUCCGCCAGUACAGCCUGGACAUGUCUCCGUUCGAGGGCUGCUUCCAGAACGUGGGUCUGGUGGCGCGGCUCUCUGUGGUCCUCUCUGUGAUCCUCUCUGUGGUCCUCUCUGUGGUCCUCUCUGUGGUCCUCUCUGUGGUCCUCUCUGUGGUCCUCUCUGUGGUCCUCUCUGUGGUCCUCUCUGUGGUCCUCUCUGUGAUCCUCUCUGUGGUCCUCUCUGUGGUCCUCUCUGUGGUCCUCUCUGUGGUCCUCUCUGUGGUCCUCUCUGUGGUCCUCUCUGUGGUCCUCUCUGUGAUCCUCUCUGUGAUCCUCUCUGUGGUCCUCUCUGUGGUCCUCUCUGUGAUCCUCUCUGUGGUCCUCUCUGUGAUCCUCUCUGUGAUCCUCUCUGUGGUCCUCUCUGUGGUCCUCUCUGUGGUCCUCUCUGUGAUCCUCUCUGUGAUCCUCUCUGUGGUCCUCUCUGUGAUCCUCUCUGUGAUCCUCUCUGUGGUCCUCUCUGUGAUCCUCUCUGUGGUCCUCUCUGUGGUCCUCUCUGUGAUCCUCUCUGUGGUCCUCUCUGUGGUCCUCUCUGUGGUCCUCUCUGUGGUCCUCUCUGUGGUCCUCUCUGUGGUCCUCUCUGUGGUCCUCUCUGUGAUCCUCUCUGUGGUCCUCUCUGUGGUCCUCUCUGUGGUCCUCUCUGUGAUCCUCUCUGUGAUCCUCUCUGUGGUCCUCUCUGUGGUCCUCUCUGUGGUCCUCUCUGUGGUCCUCUCUGUGAUCCUCUCUGUGAUCCUCUCUGUGAUCCUCUCUGUGAUCCUCUCUGUGGUCCUCUCUGUGAUCCUCUCUGUGGUCCUCUCUGUGAUCCUCUCUGUGAUCCUCUCUGUGGUCCUCUCUGUGGUCCUCUCUGUGAUCCUCUCUGUGGUCCUCUCUGUGGUCCUCUCUGUGGUCCUCUCUGUGAUCCUCUCUGUGAUCCUCUCUGUGGUCCUCUCUGUGGUCCUCUCUGUGAUCCUCUCUGUGAUCCUCUCUGUGGUCCUCUCUGUGAUCCUCUCUGUGGUCCUCUCUGUGGUCCUCUCUGUGAUCCUCUCUGUGAUCCUCUCUGUGGUCCUCUCUGUGGUCCUCUCUGUGGUCCUCUCUGUGAUCCUCUCUGUGGUCCUCUCUGUGGUCCUCUCUGUGAUCCUCUCUGUGGUCCUCUCUGUGAUCCUCUCUGUGGUCCUCUCUGUGGGUCCUCUCUGUGAUCCUGUGAUCCUCUCUGUGAUCCUCUCUGUGAUCCUCUCUGUGGUCCUCUCUGUGGUCCUCUCUGUGGUCCUCUCUGUGAUCCUCUCUGUGAUCCUCUCUGUGGUCCUCUCUGUGGUCCUCUCUGUGAUCCUCUCUGUGGUCCUCUCUGUGGUCCUCUCUGUGGUCCUCUCUGUGAUCCUCUCUGUGAUCCUCUCUGUGGUCCUCUCUGUGGUCCUCUCUGUGAUCCUCUCUGUGAUCCUCUCUGUGGUCCUCUCUGUGAUCCUCUCUGUGGUCCUCUCUGUGGUCCUCUCUGUGAUCCUCUCUGUGAUCCUCUCUGUGGUCCUCUCUGUGGUCCUCUCUGUGGUCCUCUCUGUGGUCCUCUCUGUGGUCCUCUCUGUGAUCCUCUCUGUGAUCCUCUCUGUGGUCCUCUCUGUGAUCCUCUCUGUGGUCCUCUCUGUGGUCCUCUCUGUGGUCCUCUCUGUGAUCCUCUCUGUGGUCCUCUCUGUGAUCCUCUCUGUGAUCCUCUCUGUGGUCCUCUCUGUGAUCCUCUCUGUGGUCCUCUCUGUGGUCCUCUCUGUGAUCCUCUCUGUGAUCCUCUCUGUGGUCCUCUCUGUGGUCCUCUCUGUGGUCCUCUCUGUGGUCCUCUCUGUGAUCCUCUCUGUGGUCCUCUCUGUGAUCCUCUCUGUGAUCCUCUCUGUGGUCCUCUCUGUGAUCCUCUCUGUGGUCCUCUCUGUGGUCCUCUCUGUGAUCCUCUCUGUGAUCCUCUCUGUGGUCCUCUCUGUGGUCCUCUCUGUGAUCCUCUCUGUGGUCCUCUCUGUGAUCCUCUCUGUGAUCCUCUCUGUGAUCCUCUCUGUGGUCCUCUCUGUGAUCCUCUCUGUGAUCCUCUCUGUGAUCCUCUCUGUGGUCCUCUCUGUGGUCCUCUCUGUGGUCCUCUCUGUGAUCCUCUCUGUGGUCCUCUCUGUGGUCCUCUCUGUGGUCCUCUCUGUGGUCCUCUCUGUGAUCCUCUCUGUGGUCCUCUCUGUGAUCCUCUCUGUGGUCCUCUCUGUGGUCCUCUCUGUGAUCCUCUCUGUGGUCCUCUCUGUGAUCCUCUCUGUGAUCCUCUCUGUGGUCCUCUCUGUGUUCCUCUCUGUGAUCCUCUCUGUGAUCCUCUCUGUGGUCCUCUCUGUGGUCCUCUCUGUGAUCCUCUCUGUGGUCCUCUCUGUGAUCCUCUCUGUGGUCCUCUCUGUGGUCCUCUCUGUGGUCCUCUCUGUGAUCCUCUCUGUGGUCCUCUCUGUGGUCCUCUCUGUGAUCCUCUCUGUGGUCCUCUCUGUGAUCCUCUCUGUGGUCCUCUCUGUGGUCCUCUCUGUGAUCCUCUCUGCGAUCCUCUCUGUGGUCCUCUCUGUGAUCCUCUCUGUGAUCCUCUCUGUGGUCCUCUCUGUGAUCCUCUCUGUGGUCCUCUCUGUGGUCCUCUCUGUGAUCCUCUCUGUGGUCCUCUCUGUGGUCCUCUCUGUGAUCCUCUCUGUGGUCCUCUCUGUGGUCCUCUCUGUGGUCCUCUCUGUGAUCCUCUCUGUGAUCCUCUCUGUGGUCCUCUCUGUGAUCCUCUCUGUGGUCCUCUCUGUGGUCCUCUCUGUGGUCCUCUCUGUGAUCCUCUCUGUGGUCCUCUCUGUGGUCCUCUCUGUGAUCCUCUCUGUGAUCCUCUCUGUGGUCCUCUCUGUGAUCCUCUCUGUGGUCCUCUCUGUGGUCCUCUCUGUGAUCCUCUCUGUGGUCCUCUCUGUGGUCCUCUCUGUGAUCCUCUCUGUGGUCCUCUCUGUGGUCCUCUCUGUGGUCCUCUCUGUGAUCCUCUCUGUGGUCCUCUCUGUGGUCCUCUCUGUGAUCCUCUCUAAAAUGGCCUCUUCCGUCUGUCUGCCCCGGGACGACUGCGACCACAAAACAUGCAACCGCUUAGACUUUGAAGUGGCGGAGCUGACGGGGUACGAGCCUCAGGACCUGAUCGAGAAGACCCUGUACCACCACGUCCACAGCUGCGACACCUUCCACCUGCGCUGCGCCCACCACCUGCUGCUGGUCAAAGGACAGGUCACCACCAAGUACUACCGCUUCUUGGCCAAACACGGCGGAUGGGUGUGGGUUCAAAGCUACGCCACCAUCGUCCACAACAGCCGCUCGUCCAGACCACACUGCAUCGUCAGCGUCAACUACGUCCUCACGGACACUGAGUACAAGGGCAUGCAGCUGUCUCUGGACCAGAUGAGUCCCACCAAACCAGCCUUCCCCUACGCCUCCGACCAGCAUUCUGAGGACCGCAAGAGCUCCAAACCCCGUCUGAGCCAGGGCAAGACCAAGGCCCGGGUCUCCCCAUACCCACAGGUGAGCACAGGCCAGGGCAAGACCAAGGCCCGGGUCUCCCCAUACCCACAGGUGAGCACAGGCCAGGGCAAGACCAAGGCCCGGGUCUCCCCAUACCCACAGGUGAGCACAGGCCAGGGCAAGACCAAGGCCCGGGUCUCCCCAUACCCACAGGUGAGCACAGGCCAGGGCAAGACCAAGGCCCGGGUCUCCCCAUACCCACAGGUGAGCACAGGCCAGGGCAAGACCAAGGCCCGGGUCUCCCCAUACCCACAGGUGAGCACAGGCCAGGGCAAGACCAAGGCCCGGGUCUCCCCAUACCCACAGGUGAGCACAGGCCAGGGCAAGACCAAGGCCCGGGUCUCCCCAUACCCACAGGUGAGCACAGGCCAGGGCAAGACCAAGGCCCGGGUCUCCCCAUACCCACAGGUGAGCACAGGCCAGGGCAAGACCAAGGCCCGGGUCUCCCCAUACCCACAGGUGAGCACAGGCCAGGGCAAGACCAAGGCCCGGGUCUCCCCAUACCCACAGGUGAGCACAGGCCAGGGCAAGACCAAGGCCCGGGUCUCCCCAUACCCACAGGUGAGCACAGGCCAGGGCAAGACCAAGGCCCGGGUCUCCCCAUACCCACAGGUGAGCACAGGCCAGGGCAAGACCAAGGCCCGGGUCUCCCCAUACCCACAGGUGAGCACAGGCCAGGGCAAGACCAAGGCCCGGGUCUCCCCAUACCCACAGGUGAGCACAGGCCAGGGCAAGACCAAGGCCCGGGUCUCCCCAUACCCACAGGUGAGCACAGGCCAGGGCAAGACCAAGGCCCGGGUCUCCCCAUACCCACAGGUGAGCACAGGCCAGGGCAAGACCAAGGCCCGGGUCUCCCCAUACCCACAGGUGAGCACAGGCCAGGGCAAGACCAAGGCCCGGGUCUCCCCAUACCCACAGGUGAGCACAGGCCAGGGCAAGACCAAGGCCCGGGUCUCCCCAUACCCACAGGUGAGCACAGGCCAGGGCAAGACCAAGGCCCGGGUCUCCCCAUACCCACAGGUGAGCACAGGCCAGGGCAAGACCAAGGCCCGGGUCUCCCCAUACCCACAGGUGAGCACAGGCCAGGGCAAGACCAAGGCCCGGGUCUCCCCAUACCCACAGGUGAGCACAGGCCAGGGCAAGACCAAGGCCCGGGUCUCCCCAUACCCACAGGUGAGCACAGGCCAGGGCAAGACCAAGGCCCGGGUCUCCCCAUACCCACAGGUGAGCACAGGCCAGGGCAAGACCAAGGCCCGGGUCUCCCCAUACCCACAGGUGAGCACAGGCCAGGGCAAGACCAAGGCCCGGGUCUCCCCAUACCCACAGGUGAGCACAGGCCAGGGCAAGACCAAGGCCCGGGUCUCCCCAUACCCACAGCAGUUCUCGGCCUUUAACCCCGAGCGCUCGGAGUCGGACCAGGACAGUCCGUGGGGGGGCAGCCCUCAGACCGACUCGGCGUCUCCUCAGCUGCUGGAGGCGGCGGAGGCCUCAGAUUCCUGUGCCUACAGACUGUACCCGGAGCCCGCGGCGCCGCUGUGCUACGGUCUGUCGGAGGAGGUCGGCCACGCCCACCCGUCCUGCGAGCGCGUGCGUUGCCACGGCGGCCGCUACUUCCUGGGAACACCACAGUCGGGACGCGAGAUGUGGUGGGACGCCACACGGUCUGUACUGUCGCUGCCAAAGGCCUCGGACGGCGAGGCCUUCGAGAUCACGGCCUACGGAGCCAUCACCGUUCUCCUGGUGUCCUUUGGGGGGUUCUCCUGGUGUCCUUUGGGGGGUUCUCCUGGUGUCCUUUGGGGGGUUCUCCUGGUGUCCUUUGGGGGGUUCUCCUGGUGUCCUUUGGGGGGUUCUCCUGGUGUCCUUUGGGGGGUUCUCCUGGUGUCCUUUGGGGGGUUCUCCUGGUGUCCUUUGGAGGGUUCUCCUGGUGUCCUUUGGGGAGUUCUCCUGGUGUCCUUUGGGGGGUUCUCCUGGUGUCCUUUGGGGGGUUCUCCUGGUGUCCUUUGGGGGGUUCUCCUGGUGUCCUUUGGGGGGUUCUCCGGGUGUCCUUUGGGGAGUUCUCCUGGUGUCCUUUGGGGAGUUCUCCUGGUGUCCUUUGGGGGGUUCUCCUGGUGUCCUUUGGGGGGUUCUCCUGGUGUCCUUUGGGGGGUUCUCCUGGUGUCCUUUGGGGGGUUCUCCUGGUGUCCUUUGGAGGGUUCUCCUGGCCGCGGUCACUGGGACGAGGACAGCGUGGUGAGCUCGCCCGAAGGCGGCGGCUCCACCAGCGACUCCGGGGAGCGUUUCCACGGCGACCAGUUCCGCAGCAGCCCCCGCGAGCCCAGCAAGAUGGAGACGCUGAUCCGAGCCACGCAGCACAUGAUCAAAGAGGAGGAGACUCGGCUUCACCACCACCACCACCAGCUGCACAAGACCUCCGUCACCAUGGCAACCGACCGUCUGCACCACCUGCCCACGCCACGCCUCCAGAGCGCCACGCCCGCACACAUGGGAAACUCCCCGGAGCCGGACGACAGCGCGGUCACCAGCCCCGCCUCGCUGUCCCGCCUCAGCAGCCCCAGUUCAGACAGUGCGCACAGACCUCCGGGAGCCAAAGACUUCCUCCAGGACUCUGAGGCUCCGCCCCCUCUGCCCUCCGGCGGCGCCUACGCUCUGGCGGGUUACUCCCUGGAGCAGCUGUACGAGCCCGAGGCCCUCAGGAGCUACCCCUGCCCCGCGCCCUACGACCUGGUGCGCUUACAGGCCGAGCAGAUGCAGCCGCACAAGCCCACCUCGGUGAUCAUCACCAACGGGAGCUGA